AUGUCUUGUUCAUGGAAGAGUGAAGCAACAUCCGGAGAGCCCAUCUGCCUGUGUGGAGUACCUGCACCUUUGAAGACUUCCUUUACCGAUGAAAAUUUCGGCCGCUUGUUCUACGGUUGUGUGAACUAUGAGGUUGGUCGGUCUUGCGGAUUCUUCCAAUGGAAAGAUUCUGAAAUGUGUGAACAUGCUAGACGAGCAUUGGCUCGUGUGCAACACAGGCACGCUAUGCUGAACAAGGAAGUUGUAGAAUUGAAGGCCAAGCUAGAGAUCGAAGCAAUUCGAUAUGACAUGCAAGUGAAAAUUGCAAAGACAAAUAGCCGAAUUUUGGCAUUUUCUUGGGUUUUUUUUGUUGUCUUCUUAGCUGUGUUUUGGGGCAACUUUUAUGGUGUCAGUCAAGGAUAUAUGUCCUACAAACGGCUACCUUGA